UCUCAAAAUAAUUUCCUCAAAUAAUUAAUUCUCUCUCUCUCUUUCUCUCUCUAAACUCGACCCCCCCGCCCGCUGCGAAAAUGGCGCGAUCGCCGCUCGACGGAGAGGACGGCGACCCCGUCGACGCCGAGGACUCAGCCGGCGAUGUCUAUGCGGAGGCCCCCUCGACUCCGACGACGUGGUACGAGCCUCUCUGUUCUCUCUCUUCGCCUCCGGAGGAGAGGGAACCGACGAAAGAUCGUCCGGAAGAGAAGGGCAGGGCUCGGAAUCACGCGAAGGAUCAAACCGGGGUCAAGGAUCGCCCGGUACGAGUUUAUGCCGACGGGAUCUACGAUCUGUUCCAUUUUGGACACGCUCGCGCCCUGGAGCAGGCCAAGAAAUUAUUCCCCAACACCUAUUUGCUCGUUGGGUGCUGCAAUGAUGAGACUACUCAUAUGUACAAAGGAAAAACUGUUAUGACUGAAGCAGAGCGUUAUGAGUCACUCCGGCAUUGCAAAUGGGUUGAUGAAGUAAUUCCUGAUGCUCCCUGGGUACUUAAUCAGGAGUUUAUUGACAACCACAAGAUAGAUUAUGUGGCUCACGAUGCUCUUCCAUAUGCAGAUGCAAGUGGAGCUGGAAACGAUGUCUAUGAAUUUGUUAAAGCCAUUGGAAAAUUUAAAGAAACAAAGCGUACUACUGGUGUCUCUACAUCAGAUAUUAUAAUGAGAAUUCUCAAGGACUAUAAUGAGUAUGUCAUGCGUAAUUUAAAUCGUGGAUAUUCAAGAAAGGACCUUGGUGUCAGCUAUGUGAAGGAGAAGCAAUUGAGGGUGAACAUGGGGAUAACCAAACUCCGCGAGAAAGUGAAAGAACACCAGGAAAAUGUGGGCAAGAAGCUAACUACAGUAGCUAAGACGGCCGGGAUGCAUCACAAUGACUGGGUGGAAAAUGCAGAUCGUUGGAUCGCAGGUUUUCUAGAGAAAUUUGAGGAAGGAUGCCACAUAAUGGAGACUGCCAUUAAGGACAAGAUUCAGGAGGGGCUCAUGAGGCAGCAGAGCAAAUCUAAGAACAGCCUCUUGGAAUAUGCGGAAGCUUCAGAUUCUCCUUAGACUAUAUUCUCCUACGACGGAGAAUUAUAAAUGAUGCCCAAAAUGUGGGUAUUAUAGUUAUAUAGUAUUUGCCUUCUUUGCUGUUGUAUUUACUGUGUAAAUCUUAGCCAUUGAUUCAUAUUGGAGUUGUAUCAAAUUUUCAAAUGUAGCAGCAUGAGCUGCAGUUUGUAUGACUGCUUAAACAAAGGUUUGUCAUAUCUUAGAUCUCUAUGAUUGGAGAGAAAAUCUUUUUAACUUUUUGUA